GGGGCUGGGCAAGUCAGACCAUGGAUGCAUGACAUUAACGUCGGCCUGGAAUCUCCUCCUUUCUUUUGCGCCCACUAGAGACACACGACCCAUUUUGAAGAUUUCGGCUCGUCCUCAUCUCUAAAUCAUCACAAUGAUAAUCGAAAUUGAAGAUCUGGAUGGCUUUAACAAGGCAUUGGCCGAUGCAGGGGAGAAACUUGUUGUUGUGGAUUUCACAGCAACAUGGUGUGGUCCAUGUCAAAACAUUUCACCUUUCUUCAAAGCAAUGUCUGAACAGAACACAAAUGUGGUCUUCUUGAAAGUUGAUGUGGAUGAGGCACAAGAUGUGGCUCAGCACUGUGAUAUUAAAUGCAUGCCAACAUUCCACUUCUAUAAGAACGGAAAGAGGAUUGACGACUUCUCUGGCAGCAACCAGGCCAAACUGGAGGAGAUGGUCAAAGCGCACCAAUGAGCAUUCAUGUCUUGUACAAAUAUAUGGCACCAUCAAUUAUGAGAAACAUCUCCUGUCAUCUUUUGAACUGUCUAAUUUGUCUAUUGAUCCUUGUCUGUGUGGAUUUAUGAAUACUGUGUUUUUAUUUUUUAUUUGAUCAAACGUAUAUUAACAUUUUGGUUAGAAACAACUACCAUUUCAAUAGGAACAAAUGUCAUAAUAAUUGCACAUAGGUUUCUUGUCUCCAUAUGAUUGCUAGAGUUAGAUAAAGUAAACAUCUGUUGUUCUCAAUAAGUUGGAGGGCUUGCAAGAAGUUUUUGGGGAAUUAUCUUAAUCUCACAUCCUAAUGAAUUGGAUUAGAUUAUUUUUUUUAUUGUCAUUGUGCAGAGUACAAAUACAAAGACGAAUGAGAAACAUCCGAUCUAUGUUUCAAGUGAAAAAAUCUGCCACAGUCCUCAGCAUCAAGUUUCCAGGUCUAAAGUAGCCUACAGCUUUUCAACAUGGGAAAGACUAGAGAACACAUAAUGCAAUAGAGAAUAGAUAAGGCAGUGUGCUGACUGGGGAAUUGAUUAAAGUAACUGUAUUCAACACUUCACAA